AUAUUCAGCAAACAUCAAAAUGGCCAAAGGAUGACAACAUACGUCUGUCAGAUAAAAGAGAAAAUUGAUAUUUCGAAGAGAAUUGAGGGAAAAUGUCUCACAUUCAGUAUGUAGACGAAUUGGUCAAGGAAUAUCUGCUGUUCAGAGGUUUCAGUCAAACUUUGAAAGCUUUCGACAAUGAUUUGAAAGCGGAGAAGGAGAAAGGGUUCAGGGUCGACAAAAUCGUGGAUCAAUUGAUGCAAUACAUAUAUAAUUACGAUCUAGCAUCUUUGAGAGAAUUAUGGGGGCAUUUAGACACACGAAUGUUUUCUCGUUUGGAAAGUCAUUUUACACCAGCUGUAAGAAAGCUAGAGAAUGCUGUUUUAAAGAUGUACCUGGUUAAUGCAGCUGUGAAUAAUAAACAAGAUCGGAUUCAAGAAUUUUUUACAAAAAUGACUCCAGAAUUACAAGGCCAUUCAGAAUGGAAAGAAUGGUUUGCAUUACCAUUUGUUAAGAAUCCUGAAGACAAUCCAACAUACUCCGUGCACUUUAGUAGACAGUGGCAGGACACUAUGUUAGUGUCUUUGCACAAUUUCCUUGCUACCAUUUUUCAAUGUAUGCCUCAACCAACGUUGCUUACAAUAGAUGAGGAUACAAAUAAGUUGAAACGACUUCAAGAAGAGAACGAAGUACUCAGGCAACGCUUAAGCGAGUCCGUUAAAAUAGAUAAUGUAAUGGAUGUCAAUCCAGGACCAGCUCCUCAGCAUCCGCCGCUCAUGGACGACUUUUAUAUUAUAGCACAAGAAUCUCCUUUAUUAGAAAAUCCUAAAACGUUGAGAAACCUCAUAAGAAAUAUAGGCGGCGGUUCAAGUCCGAUUCUAAACAGAAAGCCUGGGACGAGUAUGAAGAAAAUUGCGGAACCAGAAAUGGCAUCGACGAAAAGAACGAACACGAAAGGCAAAAUAAAUUCGAUCAGUAAAUCCGAGCCCGUUAACAAAAGAAGCAUCAGCUGUGAUUCGAGAUUGACAAGCACUAGAAAAAGAGAUUCGUCCAUAGACGCGGUAGCUGAACGAAAAGCCAAAGAUAAAAUCGAUUCUACCUACAUACUCCUUAGCCAGGAAGAGUACACGGAACACAAAACGUCGAUAAUUCAAUGUAAAAGUAAUGCAAGCGGUUCGUAUGUUGCUACAGGCGAUGCAGAUGGUAUUAUCAAAGUGUGGACUCCGAUACCGUCACCAAAGACUGUUUCUACGUUUACCUCUGCCCCAGCAAAUUCAAAUAAAGCUAUCACAGCGUUGGACUGGAUAUCAAAGAAUGAGCGUUAUUUCUUACACGGUGAUAACAAUGGCUUGAUCCAAUUGCACGAUACUCGUGAUUGUAAAACCUUAUGGGAGAUUCACCAUGAGAGUUCUCGAAUCAUCACUCUGUUGUGCAAUCCAACGGAGUCUACGUUUGUGUGUUCCGUGUCGGACUCGAACGAAGGGAAACUAUUAUUGUACGAUAUAAAAACAAGAAAAUUGGAGAGAACUCUACCGAUGGAACAAAACGUGACUGCACUAUGUUCUGCAUUUAAUCAUAACGGGCAACUGCUCAUCACGGGAUUAUCCAAUGGGAAUAUUUUAAUACACGACCUGAGACGGAAUGAAAUUAUUGAUAAUAUAAGCUGUCACGCGAGCCCGGUCAUCGAUAUAGAACUAAUUAACGAUUACACGAACAUCUGUACACAAAGCGAGGACGGAAAAUUGUGUCAAAGGAGCUUGAAUCAUUCCGGUAAAAUUUUAUGGGAAACUAAAAUUAAGGUAGAGAAGAAUACGGUUCAUGGGAAGCUGUUUACUUUCGACCAAAGUGGUAAUUAUAUGCUACUCUGCACGCAAACUGGGGGAAAUAUUUACAAAAUGCCACCAGGUGCACAAGCAAAGGUUCUAGAAUUAGGCGGACACAAAGGUACGCUGUGUUGCGACUGGUCUACUGCCAAUCAAUCUGGAACUUGUAUAACUGGUGGCGCGGAAGGAAAAGUACGAGUGUCGACAUUGCUCUCACCAUGAUGUCGAAGCAAAAUUAGCAUUUGUGUGAACUCUUGAAACGUCGUGUGAAAUUUGUAAGAUUAGCUCAAAUUUGUAGAUACUAAGUAAUAUAUUUAGCACAAUGAAUGUUAAGAAGAGAAACAUCGUAGUUAUCACGUUCAAUGACGGAAUUUACAGGAAUAUCUCUUUUGAAAGACUUUCGAUGUACUGCGAGAUGAUCGAAGGAAAAGAUCCAAAUACAUAUUUUAUCAGAACGUAUCACACAUUAGUGCAAAGUCGUGUGUAGUAUAAUUCUAUCUUUAAAAUGGAAUCAGGGACUAUCACUUGUAAAUGUACAGAAAGUAUUGUAAUUAUAAAGAAAAUAUAGAUAAGGUAAUAGUGUAUAAUGUCGCGUUAAUUAAUAGGACGCAUGAUCGAAAGACUUUGUAAUAAAAAUAAAAUUCCGCUAAUUUAUGUAAUAACUUGUAUCACGUGUACAUCUACUGAUAAAAAUCUAAUAAGAUAGUCUGUAAGAGGUACAGGAACUUGUCAAUAAAUAAUGGUCAAUUUUAAAA